AUGUACAACAGCAGUUUUUCUAUCGAUCCCGACAAAGUUCAAGCCCUCAUACAGGCGAUUGAGAGUGAUGAGGACAAGUUUCGGGCUUGCACAACUAUUCGAGAUGAUCUGCUCGUCCAAUACAGGCAUUUAGGAUUGUUGUGUGCGUAUUUACACAUGAUUCUGGAUACAGAAUUUCCGCAGCGUGGAAACAAGACAUAUAACUGGCUCUAUGCCUCUAAAGCUGAUGCAGACAGUUGGAGGUUAUUCUUGAACAUCGGCAAGACUUACGCCACAACGAACAAGAGAUAUCUAGCUUCCCUUGUUAAGAUAAGCGGCUGCUGGGGCACCAAAAAGGUCCAGCACUACGACUGGGGGUCAAGAAGUCAGCAGUACUGCAGCAUGCUUGGUAGAGCUGCCUCUCAGAACCCAGUUUGGGAAGACGCUUGUGAAAAGCUCAACCAACUGUUGCUAAGCAGAAUUGCAGAUAGGCGUCCUCUCCGGGCUUGUAAAAAUCCCAUCAAUGUGAACGAUCUACAGCACCUUAUAGCAUGGUCAGAUAGUAAAGAUUAUACGAAGAGAGGGCGUAAAGUCAGUGUCAUUGCGAAGCGAUCGAUCGUAGAGGCCGAUUUGCCAGCAGCUUGCAGGUAG